AUGGAGAGUACUCGUGGUGGACGGGGCCGGGGGUGCGGAACCUCAAAUGAAGGAGGAAAUCGGGAACCAAUGCCUGGACCUAAUCCCGAACCUGGAAUGGACCCUAACAUUCAGGUAGCUGCCGCUAUCCAACGUAUGACUGACCUUUUGGCUCAUGUAGUAGAACAUCAGGGCCAAAAUCCUAUUCAUCAGUCGGGCAAUCCUGGUAAUCACGUAGAGGGUGAGGAUAGAGCUCUCGAACGAUUUCAGAAGUUCUCGCCACCGAAAUUCCUUAGAGGACCAGACCCUGAUGUGGCCGAGAGGUGGCUCGAGAAGAUGAUUGAUAUUUUUUCCGUGCUACACUAUACUAAGGAGCGACAGGUCACAUUUGCUGUCUUCCAAUUGGAGGGAGCAGCCCAUUCUUGGUGGAAUAUCAUAAGACUGAAACGGGAAAGAGAACAAACCCCAAGGACGUGGGUGAAUUUCAUGAGAGAAUUCAAUACGAAGUAUUUUCCACCUUUGAUCCAGGAGAAGAAAGAAGAUGAGUUUAUUAGACUUCGGCAGGGAACUCAAACUAUCGCCGAAUAUGAGAUCCAGUUUACCAGAUUGUCUAAAUUCUCUCCCGAACUAAUCGUGACUGAGCAACAGAGGAUACGGCGUUUUGUCCAAGGUUUAAACGUUGAGAUUCAGAAGGACCUGGCUGUAGCCCAACUCAACGCCUUUAGUGAUGCAGUAGAGAAAGCUCAACGAAAAAGGGGAUUUCUUGGAAGUAGCUCAGAGCAAGGGGAUAGGGGUACGCCUCCUAAGAUUGGAAGGGGCAACGGCGGAGUACAACUACCAGGGAUGUCACGUGGUGCCUCACAGAGAGGCUCAGUCUCCGCUUCCCGUGGUCCCUGCAGGUACUGUGGGAAAUCGAAUCACACGGAGGAUGUCUGCUAG